GCCUCGUUGGCGGGAAGGCGCCGUCCACAUCAGCUUCUAAGGGUGUCGCUCGUCUUUGGUUUUCGGGGGUUUCCUCGACACCUCGGCCCGCGUCUUCACUAUCUCCUUCCUCAAGAAGCUUUCUAGGGUUUCCCAAGAACCCUCACAUUCCUCGAAAAAAUUUCGAGGGUUUCCUCAAGAAUCCCCGUCCCCGUGCCCUCUCUCGAACGGACGGUGCCCAGUCUAUCAGAAGCUCGAGGGAAAUGCCGAUCUACAAGAUUAGUGGGAUCGAUGUGGAUUUCCCCUUCGAAGCCUACGAUGGCCAGAUCGUCUAUAUGGAGAAGGUCAUCCAGUCCUUGCAAGAGGGAUGUAAUGCUUUGUUGGAAAGUCCUACUGGAACGGGAAAAACUUUGUCCCUCCUGUGUGCAACAUUGGCUUGGCGGAAGAGUUUGGGUGACUUCCUAACUACGACAAAUGAAGAGAAGAUUCGGUAUUCUGGUAAUCAGCACUCCCAAAGUCAAUCGACAGAGAAUCCAGGAUCAAAUUAUCCUGUCAUCAUAUACACUUCUCGCACUCAUAGCCAGUUGAAGCAGGUUAUUAGAGAGCUAAAAAGAGUUAACUACAGGCCCAAAAUGGCAGUAUUAGGUUCUCGUGAGCAGAUGUGUAUUCAUGAUGAAGUACGCUUACUUCGUGGUGGAGCACAGAACAAUGCUUGUCAUUACCUCUGCAAGAAACGGCUCUGCCGCCAUUAUACUCGUGUUUCUGAGUACAUGAAGUCACAUCAUGAACUUGGAAAUGAGCCUUUUGACAUAGAAGACUUGGUUAAUAUUGGAAGAACCAAGGGGCCAUGCCCAUACUACAUAUCCCGAGAGCUUCACAAGGUUGUUGAUAUCUUGUUUGCCCCUUACAACUAUCUUAUUGAUCCUGGAAAUCGGCGUUCUCUCAUGGGUAUCCAAUGGAACAAUGCUGUGCUUAUUUUUGAUGAAGCACACAAUCUGGAGGGCAUAUGCGCAGAGGCAGCUUCAUUUGACUUGCCUUCUGGUUAUCUAACUGCUUGCAUUUCAGAAGCAAAACAAUGUGUUGAUGUUUGUAUAGCGAGGAGGGCAAUUGAAAAUUCAGCUGAUAAGCAACAUGACCCAGAUAAUUAUGCUAUUCUUAGAGCCCUUCUACUGAAGCUUGAAAAGCGGAUUGCUGAGGUCGCUAUUGAAUCCAAAGAGUUAGGUUUCACAAGACCUGGGAAUUAUAUAUAUGAGUUCCUUUCUGAUCUUAACAUAACAUAUGAGACUGCCAAUAUGCUUAUUGAUACAAUUGACAAUGCUGCUCUGCUUCUUGAGGAAGAAAGCAUGACUGAAACUGGUAUACAAACAAAAACAAAGGGAACAGUAUGCAGAUUAGAAAGCAUCAGGGAUAUUCUCAAUAUUAUCUUCAGGGAUGGUGGCAAAAGUCACGCAAAGUUUUAUCGUUUUCAUGUGCAGGAAUCUCAGCAAAGUAACAUGGAUUCAUUGAAAGCUGGUGGUGUAGGCAAGAUAUCAAGGAUACUUAGCUGGUGGUGUUUCAACCCAGGACUUGCUAUGGAAGAAUUCAUAAAGCUGGGGGUCCGCUCUAUCAUAUUGACAUCUGGCACUUUGUCUCCCUUAGAUUCAUUUGCCUUGGAAUUGAACCUUAAGUUUCCAGUUAGGUUGGAGAACCCUCACGUUAUAUCUCCCCAUCAAAUCUGGGUUGGUGUUGUACCAAGUGGUCCGUCUGGUUACCCAUUAAAUUCUUCCUAUCGGAAUCGUGAUUUACUAGAAUAUAAGCAAGAACUUGGCAAUGCUAUAGUUAAUUUUGCUCGAAUUGUGCCUGAUGGAUUGCUUGUGUUCUUCUCUUCAUACUACAUGAUGGACCAGUGCAUUGAAUGCUGGAAAAAUAUGGGUCAUUCAAGCUCAACAGAUUUCAGCACAAUCUGGGAUAGGAUCUGCAAAACUAAACAACCUGUUGUGGAGCCUAGACAAUCAUCACUUUUUCCACGUGCAAUUGAGGAUUUUGAAGCAAAAUUGCGGGACAGUACUACUUCUGGGGCAAUUUUUUUUGCAGUUUGUCGUGGCAAAGUAAGUGAGGGCCUUGAUUUUGCUGACCAGGCUGGGAGAGCUGUGGUGAUAACUGGCAUGCCCUUUUCUAUGAAGACUGACCCCAAGGUUCGUCUCAAACGUCAGUACUUGGAUCAGCAGGCUUUGUCCCAGAAUAAGGACUCUAAGGUUCUGACUGGGGAGGAGUGGUAUGUCCAGCAAGCAGCAAGGGCUGUGAAUCAGGCUGUUGGGCGCAUCAUUAGACAUCGUCAUGAUUAUGGAGCUAUAAUUUUCUGUGAUGAAAGGUUUGCACAACAAAAUCGUCAAUGCCAAAUGUCAUACUGGCUGCAGUCUCAUAUCAAGUGCUACCCCAAAUUUGGGGAUGUAGUUUUUACAUUGACUAGAUUUUUUCGAGAAAAAGGCACUUGCGGAACUUUGAAACCAAAACAAGCUGAAAGCUUAAGCAUUGUGAAAGCAAGGCUUUCUGAAGACAAGAUCUCACUACCGAAAAACCUUCCCUGUUUGGCUUCGACUACUGAACAUUGUUCUAGGAAGUCACUAUCAUCUGUACUGGCAGAUUCGAGAAGCAACACCUGCAAUAAGUUAGCGCAAAUAGUCCCUGCAAAUCGUUCAACCCUUUCUAACAAAGCCAAUUGUCACUUGACUGUACAGAGUUCACCAGAAAGCGGCUUAAAAGAAAGUCAGUGUCAGGAUGAUCAAGUGAUUGAUUUGACUAGUGAUACACCAUGUUGUGAACAGCGUGAAGAUGCUUCAACACCUUCUGUGAAAAAGCUAAGAAUAUCAAAAAUAGGUUCUAGUGCGGUUGACUGUGAAUGCGAUGAAUGGUUGCGUAAUGGUCAUUCAAGAAGUUCACUGGAAAAAUUUCCCUCCAGUAGCAAUACAGGGGGACAUGGUGAAGAAAUAUCAGGGCUUUCACCUUAUGGUUCUGUAAAAUAUGGAACUUAUGACAAGGAUAUUUGUACACAAACUGGCCAAUUUGGUUCAGCAAUGAUAUCUAAUGGUGAAAUAAAUGCAGAGAAAACUACCGAGCAACCAUCUCGAGAGGAGGAUAAUUGGAGUAGUUCAUUGCCUCAUGGUGAUAAGGAAACAAGAGGUUCUGCUUUCUUGAUGCAGGUUCAAGAGAAACUUACUGUUGCAGAGUAUAAAGAGUUUGUAGGUUUGAUGAAGGCAUUGAAAUCCAAGACCAUGAAGAUUACAUCUGUAUUGGGGUCAAUUGCAAAAUUAUUCUCUGCUCCAGAGAGGAUUUGUCUUCUUAAAAGGUUCAAAGAUUUUGUUCCUACGAAAUAUCAUCCCAUAUACGUGCAACAUCUCAGAGCUAGUGGUACAGCAGAUUAUGGUGGUUGUAAGAAAGUGUCAGAUGAAUCCGAUCCAAUGGUGUAACUGUGUAAGAGACAUCCUUCAGGGUCUACUUUUGUAUCCGCUUGCUGUGCCUUCCCAACAUCAUGGCCUGCAUGUCUGCUAGAUGGGCUGCCAGGUUGCUCGAGUAAAAGGACGAGUAAUAUUAAUUUUGCAAUUAUUUUUUUGAGUAAGAUGGUUAUAACUCGUUCAAUCUUUAAAGAUUCGAGAAGCAAAAAUGGAGCCAGGAUGGCAUCCACAUCUCAGAAAAGAUCAUUUUCAUACUGUCGUUUCUUUUUUUUUUGGACCGGAGGUGCGUGCUUCUUUAAACGGUGACUUCGGCAGCACGGAAGAAUUGAACAUAAAUGUGACAUAUUGUCCGAUUGACCCGAUGUCGUUUUAUAAUAAAUAUUCGGGCAGAAAUAAAAGUAAUUCUGUUGUUUUAUGUAAUGAUCUUGGGCGCGCUUGCUGCUCUACUAAAUUAUAGCUGCCAGUUAGUGCAACAAGAUGCCAGAAUCAUUUGCUGUAUUCCAUUUUAUGGCGGAAUGAACAACUUGCUGAUGAAUACAAAUGCCGGUAAUUAGAAGUUUGCAUGACCUCAGUUCAGUUCAUCACCUGAUGGAGACUUGAAGCCAACUUUUGAUCACAAGCUGGGAGUACUGGGUUCGGUGAUUCCAGUUCGGGAGAAUGCCUUUCUCGGUGAUAAAGAACGUCAAGAAUAAUGGACGGCAUGAGGUCAAAAUACAUAAAACUAAAAGUAGAUAUGCUUUCCAAAUAGGGGGCUAAGGCCUAUCUCGCUACAGGUCUAAUGGCUUGGUCUAUAAGCUGAGAUGUGGUGCAGGUACCUUUGUUAAUAUGGACUAGAAUUCCUAGGCUUUGACAGGUCUUUCAUGGGGUGGUGUUGCUUUGGGCAAGUCUUUCCCAUCUGAGGGUUGGAGGCUGGCUCUCCAGCAACUAGAAUUCUGCAUGUCUUAUCUACGUGAUUGGGAAUAUCUACCCUCUAGUUGUACUUGCGAUGAUGACCAUAUUAAAAGCAAAGAAAUACUUGCAAUCAUA